GCGAAGUUGUUGAGUCAGUGGCUUAGAAGAAAAAAAAAAUCAACGAAAAUUUUUCUCGCGAGAUAUUAGUUUUUUAUAUGUAGUAUAACUCGAUGUAUGAAUUAUUCAAACAUCACGUUAAAAGUUAGGUAGCCGGUUAUUCGUGCUCUGAACUUGACUCUUCUUCGAUAGUGUUUCGGUAAAUGAUCGAGUCUUAAUUAUAAGUUUGGAUAAUGUCGCGAAGUAUUAAUGUUUGUUAUUUACCAAUAAUGAUGUUUUCAAUUGGUUACGUAAAAAGUUUUCAGUUCUCGUCGCAUCUGCUGCACCUAUACCUUACUAAUAAUGUCUUUUAAUCGUGUACGAAUAUGGAAAAAUGCAUAUUUAAAUGUGUUGCGCGUUCACGUUUAGUUCACAUAAACAUCAAAUUAUCAGUUUGGUAUUCCGUACAAAACUAGCGGUAGUGAUAGAAAAGUGUUUAGCCAAUUGUAGACCAUCGAUGUGAAAAGGUAUACCUAUUGCGAUAAAGAACAUCGUCUAUCGAUAGAAUUCACACGGUAUGCGCGAGUGAUUAUACGAGAUUUUUCGAUUCAAAUGCUGGUUAUUUGUGAUUCGUUCGGUUUGGAAAUAAAUACCCUGAGAUAAUUAUUUUUUAGCUAUGGAUAAAAUUUCAUCGAGUCGUCAAAAUUUAGAUAAGGAUAAUUCGAAUUCGAAAUGGAUUUUCGCUCAGGUUUUGGCAGCUUUAGCCGGCACUAUAAUCACGACAAAUUUAUCCGCUAUGACGUCGUCCAUAACCAUUGUAAAUGGAUAUCUUAAAGAAUCAAGUAGAAGUAAUUUUACUAAUGGUACUGCAUCUAAUGGAGAUUUCAUGAUAUCAGACGCUGAAGCUUCGUUCUACGCUACUUUACAAUUAGCCACGCAUUUCAUCGCGAGCGUAUUUUCCGGCGUAUUUCAAGAUGGCUGUGGACGUAAAAAAUGCAUGAUGGUUUCGAUAUUUCCGCAAUUAGCGAGUUGGAUCGUAUUGCACUACAGCACGAGCAUAUAUUGGCUUUAUAUGCACUCGAUAUGUGUCGGUUUGGGCACAGCGUUUAGCGAAGUGACGAUAAUCACUUACAUUAGUGAGAUAUCAAACGUCGAACUUAGAGGCAGAUUAUUUUCUUUGGGAAAAAUUGGCUACGGAUUUGGAUCGUUUGUGGCUUUCUUUUUGGCCAAUUUCAUCCAUUGGAGGCAGCUGGCUCUGGCUUGUUCUGUGAUGCCUGUUAUUAUGCUGGUUUACGUAGCGUGGUUACCGGAAAGUCCAUUAUGGUUGUUAUCAAAGGGGCAUGAGAAACGAUGCAAAAGCAGCAUAAAAUGGUUGCAAGGCUGGACAACUGACAAACAUAUUGAGCAUCAUUUUGCCAAAGUACAAGAAUAUGUCGAUCAAAGUAAACAUUUCGGAAAAUCUGAUCAGCCUGAUGUGAUAUUACCGCAUACUCGACAAAAUGUCACCCAACGCAUCUACCAAAAAUACGUGAGAUUAUUCUUCCUGCCCGAAUUCGUCGAGCCGUUUAAAAUCAUCAGCGUUUUAUUCUUGUGCUCGUAUUUCUUGAGUCUGAGACCGGCUAAAUUUUAUCUCGUGAACAUCUUGGGCGAUCUCGGAGUGAAGGCUGAUCAAAUGAAAAUCAUGACAAUUUCAUCUUUGGCUCAAGUAUCAGGAUCGUUAACUUUGGCAGCAACCGUACGAAAAUUCGGUAAAAGAGAUUUGACCUUAUGGACGUUCACAUCUUGCGCAAUAUGUUUGGCGUUUUCUGGUGCCUAUUCUUACGCACAUUUUCAUCAUAAUGUUGACGCUGUUUGGAUCGUUUAUCUGAUUUAUGGACUGAUAUUCUAUUUUAGUGGAUUUACAUUAGGUGGCAUGCCUUGGUUUUAUUGCGCUGAAAUUUUCCCUCAAAAGAUUCGUGGAGUAUCGGGUGGUAUAGCUGCGACAUUUGCUCAUAUUUUGGUCGCUUUGCUGACCCAGUCGUAUUUAUUCAUUCAAAGUGCUAUCACAGUUACCAAUGUCUUCCUACUGUAUAGCGUUUUAAGUCUCAUAAGUUGUUAUUACCUAAAAUUAAAAUUACCUGAAACUGAAAACAAAACGCUUCAAGAAAUAGAAGAACAUUUUAAAAAGAAACCAGAAAGACUGAAUAGUGAAUCUACUAGUACAGCUGUGAAUUAAAUUGUAAGUUUGAGUGUUGAUCAGGUAAAGAGCUAAGCUGCGUACGUUCCCUAGAAUGUGCACUAUAAGGUGUUAUUGUAUUGAAUUAUUUUGAGUUGUGUGGAUUUUGUUGAAUUGUAUGAGAAUGGUGUAGGAUGAAUGAAUAGGUUUAGAUACCUAUUUCAUUAAUAUGGUGUGUUUAUUCGUGGUCGUUUGUGUCCGUACUUAAGUAUUUAAUUUCUUUUUCAACUUUCAUGUUUUUAAAUUUUUAAAUUGUGCUUAUUUAAUUAAGUAGUUUGAAAUAUGCUGAAUAAAUUUUUCAUCGAUGUUUU